CGCGGUUCCCCUCUAAUUAGCGACACCACCGGGCAGGACAAGAGCGACGGCGCAGGUCCCGCUGAACGAACAGAACUCUCCUAUUCCACCUCGAGGCGUUGAGCGGUGGACCCACAAUUGUCCACAUUCUGUGUUUGGCCCUCCCUCGUCUUGUUCAAGUCCCGCGCGGCCUCCUCCGUCUACACACUCGUUACGCCAAGCCGACUGCCUCUAACAGGGUUUCAGUCCGCCACGAUCCCAUUUUCAGGUCCAGGCCACCUUCACUUUCGACACCAAACACGAUCGCGGCGUGAUCAAACGACAGAAACCGGACGCCUACAAACAAAGAUUGGAUUCAGACGACAUGCAAGCAUUCUUCGCAGCUCCCUCUAACAACGUGUCUUCGCGCUUCUUGAAACCGCCGGCCGCGCCUAUGCGCAAGCUGAGCCAGCGUGUUCUCGGCGCGAAGGAUGAUAUCGACGACUUUCUCUCCUCAGACUUGGAGCUCUCGUUCGCCUCCACCAUGUCGAUCAACUCCCCCCCACGUGACACCAUUGCCCUGGCCCCCGAAGCCGAGAAGGAGGACGUCGUGCCCAUGGAUAUCUCCCCCGCUCCCAUGCGUAUGUUCCCUUCGAGUCGCAAGAGCGGCGGCGACGACUCCACUCGACCUCGGGCACUCACUUCCGGGAGACUGUUCGGACGUGACGUGAGCAACGAUCUGCCACAGGCUCCCCCGACAAAGACCGGUACUACGACAGGCAAACGCACCCAGCGUGCUGCUUUGCCCAUGGAAUGGUUGGGGCAGUCCAAGGCCUCGCAGCCUAUUGACAUCCAACACAGCGACAACAACAUGUUUGCCCCUUCACCGCAAGCUCCUGGUUCCCCAGAUGCGAUGGACAUUGACAGCUCCUUUGCUUCCGGCGGAUCGUCGGCACCCGACGCCUUUUCCUCCCCUUCCCCACAGACAGGCCCCAACGGGAAACCUCUCGGCGGCUUUUUCUAUAACCCAUCUUCCCCAAGUCGUGAUGACACUACUCUCAAUCUGUCCAAGAAAAGGCGCUCGGUUUCGCCUGAGCCGACCCCUGCGAGGCGCCGUGCAGGGACAAUGGAUAGCUCGCCCAUACCCCCUUCGUCCCCUAGCGACUCAAAGCUUGAGCGCCUCGCGAAGCCCAUGCUUGGUGGAAUGGGUAACCCUUCACUGAGCAAGCGUCCCCGUCGUCCCGCCCUUACCGCGAUAGUCCCUCCGCUAGAGAGUAUCCGUUCAGCCUAUCCGGUCAUGGACGGCAAUGAGGAUCGCCAUAUUAAUGCGCCGUUGGCACCUCCUCGUCGCGCGUUCUCCGCUAUGCUCCCUGUCGGUGGGCUGGGCGAGCCAUACUCCGAGGAGUCGUCCUUCGAACAGGGCGAGAUGUCCUCCCCUGCCGCUGCCUAUUCCAAGAGGCAGCAGAUGAAGACCAUCAGGAGGUGCGAUGGUACUGACGACUUCAGACCUCUGACUGGUGCCACUGCCAUGGUCAGGAGGGACAGGGAGGAGAGCCCACGGGGGGCGGGCCUCGCUGGCUUUGGUGACAACGAGGCUCAUGGGAAGAUCUUGCCUUGCCACAGGGUAAGGGAAGAUGGCCUGAUGAGGAUCAACUGCCAGACAUUGGACAAGCUCCUGGAUGGCGCGUACAACUCGAAAAUUGCGUCGUUCAAGGUUAUUGAUUGCCGGUUUGAUUACGAGUACAAUGGGGGCCAUGUUCCCGGCGCCGUCAACAUCAACAACACGACCGCGCUGGAGGAAUACCUCCUCGGCUCCGGCGUCAUGAAACCAACCCCGAGCAUUAGUGGCGACGGCCCCCAGAAGUCUAUCCUUGUGUUCCACUGCGAGUUCAGUCUGCAGAGGGCGCCGACUUUCGCGAAGCACUUGCGUUCGAAGGAUCGUGCCUUAAAUAACCAUUGCUACCCGCGGAUUCACUACCCCGAAGUAUACAUUCUGGAAGGCGGCUACUGCCAAUAUUUCAAGGAGUGCGCUGUGCGCUGCCAGCCUAGUGCGUACGUGCGCAUGGAUGAUCCACACCACGCUGCGGCGCGCAAGGAGGACCUGGAUCAGUUCCGCAAGAACAAAUUUGGGCGCACGAAGUCUUACGCUUAUGGCGAUGGUGUGGUACUGGGUAAUGCCGCUGCUCAGCAACAGAAGCGGAGUUCCGCCCCAGGGUCGACACAGCUGUUCGCGGCCGCCAAUGCAGCGAGGACAAGGAGGGGGGGAAGCGCAAAUCCUGGAGUGCUAGGGACACUCGUAGAAGACGGACACGCGCAGAGUGAAGAUGAGACCGAUACUGAUUUGGGCGAUAGCCCUUGCCCGGCCCCGUCCAAGGCGAUGGGGAAGAAGAUGUAUGGACAUCGCUUCUCGCCAUAG